CUGGCCGUGCGCGGCGGCGGGGGGCGGGGCGGGCAGAAGCGCCAUGGAGCCGCUGCGGGAGCUGCGCGUGGGCUUCAUCGGCGCGGGGCGCAUGGCGGGCGCGGUGGCCCGGGCGAUGCUGCUGGCAGGAGAAGUCCAAGCAGUGAAUAUUCUGGCUAGCGCUCCGUCCAACAGGAAUCUGGUCAAAUUCCAGAGCUUCUCCUGUCAGACGACCCACUGCAACGUGGAGGUGCUGGAGAAGUGCUCCUUCGUAUUCCUGGCCACCAAGCCCCACGUCCUCCCGGCUGUCCUGCGAGAGAUCGGCCCCGCCGUCACACCCAGGCACGUCCUCGUUUCAAUGGCCGCUGGCGUCACCCUCCGCACCCUGGAAGAGCUGCUUCCCGUGGGCACCCAGGUCCUGCGGAUCAUGCCCAAUCUGCCUUGCGAGGUGCAGUCGGGGGCCGUCCUGUUCACCCGGGGUUCCUCCGUGGGAAAAGAGGAGGCCUCUGUGCUGAAGACCCUCCUGGCUCCCUGUGGGUUGUGUGAAGAGGCGCCUGAAUCCUACAUCGACAUUCACACGGGGCUGAGCGGCAGUGGCGUGGCUUACGUCUACAUGUUCGCGGAAGCCCUAGCGGAAGGGGCCGUGAAGAUGGGGAUGCCCGGCCCUCUAGCCAACAAGAUUGCAGCUCAGACUUUGUUGGGAGCUGCCAAGAUGAUCCUGGAAACUGGGGAGCACCCAGCGGUUCUGAGGAGUGCCGUUUGCACCCCGGGCGGCACCACCAUCCACGCCUUGCACGAACUGGAGAAGGGGUCCCUGCGUGCUACGGUCAUGAACGCCGUGGAGGCGGCCACUAGCCGGGCUCGUGAACUGGUCAACAGGUAGCCAGGUGUGGCUCGAGGCUGGUGUGACACCACCAGAUGUGUCGGGACCCUGCCCCUUGUGAAGACGCCCCCCCCCUCAUUUUGCAGAUUGUGAUUGACAAAUGCUGUCAUUCUGCAACGCAUGAGGAUGCCACCGAACGCGUGGGGCAUGGUGCCAACUUCCAGACACCCAGUUAUUAUGACCUGGUAUGAUCCAUUCCAAAGUUUUCCAUUCCAAAGUUUUCCAGGAAUAAACGGUCGGGACCCUGUGGCUGGGUA